ACCAAGGCAGGGUUUCAGUAGACAAGUGUUUUCCUUGGUUCUGUUCUUUGGCAAAGAUCUCAACAAGCAGCUGGUGGAACAAGAUGAAGCUCUGCAUCAUGAUUGUGCUGGCGGCCCUGCUGGUGCUCGCUGACGGAAUGCCGCCCAUAAACAGGGACCUCAACCCGCACUGCAGGUGCCUGCAGGUCGAGUCCAGGAUCAUCCCUGCAGAGAACCUGAAGAGCAUCAAGCUGGUCCCCGAGGGGCCCAACUGCGCCGAAACAGAAGUCAUAGCCGGACUGGUGAGCGGGGAGAAGGUGUGUCUCAACCCUCAGUCCGCCUGGGUGAAGAAGCUGGUCCAGUUUGUCCUGGAGAGACAGACCCAGAAGCAGAAAGCCGCUCCCAAGAAGACGGCAUGAGGAUUAUUCUGCACACCUCAAAGCGAUUCAUCUGAUACCUGAGCCAUGAUACUACAUUCCUGUUUCAUUACAUCGUUUUCUUAUCUCCACUGUUUUACAUAUAAUUUUAACUCUUAAGAUGUUUCCGUAUUCCACUUUUUUAAAUAACGUUUUGUACACAAACGCCGUAUGUAGCAAAUAUGUAGCUUUGUAACAUGAGACUCUCACCCAGUAGCAAUAAAUCAGUGCAGCUUAGGUGAGAGAAAUUGUGCUGUGAAUUGAUUUUUUUGAUGUGAGGCUUUAAUAAAGUGUUGCUUCCUGUA